AUGGAUGCGGCACUUGACAAGCUCUUGUCCCGAUAUCUAGAGGCCGCGAACACGAUCGCCCAUACGUCGGUGCCCGGUCUCGAGCUGCCCGACCCCUCUGAUCCCCGGCCCGGCGAUGAGCCUCACCACCCAGACAAGGACCCCCAAGCUAGGGCCGUGGACGAGCUCCUGAGACGCCAGGCUGGGCUCCUGGUGCAGAUGCACAAGGCAGCGGCGACCUUGAAGGCGGACCAGUGUCGAGAUGACCCCCAGACCGCUCAGGCGGCCCGGCGGCUGCUCCAACGACGACUCGACGACGUCGCCUCCAUGGCGAUGACCAGAUUCUACUCGUGCCGCUUCGAUCGCGUGCCGUACCACUGGAGAUGCUUGUAUACGGAUGUCCUCAUCCUCGUCACCCAUCUGCACGCGCUGACGUCGUUGCGCGCUCAUGGCCAACUCGACCAUGGCACGCUUGACCUCAUCGUCGACCGUCUCGAUAGGGCGCUGAUCACGACCGGUGGCGUCGGACGCCUAGGGGCCCCGUGGAUCGAGAAAACCUUGACCCUACUCGAGGAAGCCUGCAUCCGGAGAGACGAGGCCGAGCAGCAGAGCCGUUGGACCGAGACGGCAUCCACCUUUUCGGAUCAUGAACCGUACCAGCGGCCUCCCCUGAGCUCGGAUCCGGACCGUACAUGUCCUCGUUACCGGGGCUGGACGCUCGACAUGUUUGAGCGUUACAUGAACGACAGCCCAGACGGGCCAAAGCCUGUCGUAUUCACCGACUUGAUCGACGACUGGCCCGCCUUGAAGCAACGGCCGUGGAGACAGCCGGACUACCUCCUCUCCAGGACGAUCGGCGGAAGACGGCUCGUCCCCGUCGAGGUUGGACGGAGCUACGUCGACGAUGGUUGGGGUCAGGAGCUCAUCCAGUUCCGCCACUUUCUCGACAAGUACGUCCGCCGUUGCUCGUCCACGGAGAGCCCCCCCCACGAAGGGGCACCCUCUGAGCAGGCUCGGGGGGAGGGGCAGGGGCAGGGGCAGGGGCGGGGACAGGUGGGAUACCUCGCCCAGCACGACCUCUUUCGCCAGAUCCCCUCUCUCCGGAACGACAUCUCCAUCCCCGACCUUUGCUGGUCCGCCGUCCCUCCCCACCCCACCACGCCGUCCAAGAACCAGCGGCCGGUCGAGGAGCCGCAGCUCAACGCCUGGUUCGGACCGGCCAAGACCAUCACGCCCCUCCACAACGACGGCUACCACGGCCUCCUCGUCCAGGUCGUCGGCACAAAGUACGUGCGGCUGUACCCGCCGCAGGCCCCCGCCGAGUGCAUGAGGCCGCGGCCGGCGGAGAACGGCGUCGACAUGUCCAACACGAGCGAGCUGGACGUCGGCGUGCUCGAGGGCUGGGACGAGCCGCCGGCGGCGAUGUCGGCGGCGACCGUGGCCGGCAUGAAGCGCCGCCUGGAUGGGGUUGCCUACCGGGAGUGCGUGCUCUCGCCGGGCGAUGCCUUGGUCAUCCCCAUCGGCUGGUGGCACUACGUGAGGAGCUUGAGCGUCAGCUUCAGCGUCAGCUUCUGGUGGAAUUGA